AUGGGCAGCAGGGCGGGUUCGUGCGUAGGUGCGUCUGGUGGUCGAAUGUGGUCAAGCUGGCUUCCGUUCCUCCAUCCCCAGUUUGAGCAAUUCACCCCUGCCAGACCUGCCAGACCCUGGUCUUGCAGCACACCAACACUCGAGGGCGAGCACAGUCCACCAAAGCCGCUGGAUCGCCGGUGCUGCGGACGUGAACACGGACACAUGCCAGAACGCUCGCCGCGGGUUAGACUGGCAAUCAAAAAACCAUAUUGGCUGAUCGGUGCCAUCCCGACCCUAUAUGCGGCCGACUUAAGAAGGGUGGUGUACCGAUGCCGGCUCAACAAGUACCUCCAAGUACCUGUCCGUACCCAAGAGACCCACCCACCACUAUAG